AUGUAUGCGAUGUCUAUUAGUGGAGAGGGUGCCCAGUACUUGCGUGUUCCGCCCGACCCGGGCAUUCAGGCCAGCCCAGCUGCUGCUCUAGGUGCUAGUGUGUCUGCUCCCACAGGUCCUGCUGCAGCAGCUGCCCUAGGUGCUAGUGCGUCUGUGCCCCCUGGUACUGAGUCGACUGCAGCACUCCACACCUUCACACUGGACUCAGGUGCUUCUCGCUCUUUCUUUCGUGACCGCACUGUCCUUGAGCCACUAGCUCGGCCGGUUGCUGUCUCUCUUGCUGACCCCUCUGGGGGUCCGGUCAUUGCGACCUCCUCCACUACACUUCCGUGUCCAGCGGUUCCGUCCGGCACGCUCUCAGGUCUCUACCUCCCCUCGUUCUCUACGAACUUGGUGGCAGGUUGUGCGCUGCAGGACGGGGGUGUUCACCAGUUCACCCCUGCCUACGAGCGUGUGACACACUGCACGUGUGCUCGGACGGGCCGCCACCUGGCUACUUUCACUCGAGAGCCGGGGUCGGACCUGUACACACUGACCACUGAGUCCCCUCAGGUAGCUGCGUCUACGUCUGCGUCAGGUCAGCUAUCCGCCCCCUGCUCGUGUCGCUCUCUGGCGCAUGAGACUGUCCUCUGGCACCACCGCCUUGGUCACCCGUCUGUGCAGCGCCUUCGGGCCAUGCACAAACGGGACCUUGUUGCUGGUCUUCCCAGGGUGCUCCCUCCCCUUCCCGACUCCCCUGCUCCUGACUGCAUUCCCUGUGUCGAGGGGCGGCAGCGCGCCGCUCCUCACUCCUCCUCCUUUCCCCCGACGACUGCUCCCUUGCAGACGCUCCACAUGGACGUGUGGGGCCCAGCCCGCGUCCGUGGUCAGGGUCAGGAGAGGUACUUCCUGAUAGUUGUUGACGACUACUCGCGCUACACCACAGUCUUCCCCUUGCGCGCCAAGGGUGACGUCCCUGGUGUUUUGAUCCCCUGGAUCAGUCGAGCCCGUCUCCAGCUAGGCAAGCGCUUUCACUCGGACUUUCCUGUCCUGCGCUUGCACUCUGACAGAGGUGGUGAGUUCGCCUCCGACCUCUUGGCAGCCUACUGUGCUGAGCACGGUAUUGAGCAGUCGUUCACGCUUCCGGCCUCUCCGCAGCAGAAUGGGGUCGCUGAGCGCCGCAUUGGCCUAGUCAUGGAGGUCGCUCGUACCUCCCUGACCCAUGCGGCUGCUCCCCACUUUCUGUGGCCGUUUGCGGUCCGAUACGCUGCGCAUCAGCUCAACCUCUGGCCCCGUGUCUCCUUGCCGGAGACUUCCCCGACUCUGCGGUGGACGGGAGAGGUUGGCGAUGCGUCGCGUUUCCGGAUCUGGGGAUCUCGAGCUUUUGUCCGCGACACGUCCGCGGACAAGCUCUCGCGUCGCGCCGUUCCCUGUGUCUUUCUUGGCUUUGUGCCUGACGCGCCUGGAUGGCAGUUUUACCACGUCACCUCGCGCCGGGUUCUGGCCUCUCAGGACGUCACUUUUGACGAGUCCGUCCCCUUCUACCGCCUCUUCCCCUACCGCACUGCCCCGCUCCCCCCCCCGCCUCUCUUCCUCGCUCCAGGUGCUGAGGUACCAGACCCCCUCCCCCCUCAGGGUGCCGCUCCCUCAGGUGUGUCCCAGGUAGACCCGGGUGAGCCUGUCGAGGUAGCUGUUGACUCGCGUCCUGCGUCUGGGGGUGCUGAGCCUGGGGGUGCUGAGUCUGGGGGUGCUGAGUCUGGGGGUGCAGAGCCUGGACGUGCGGAGCCUGGGGGUGCUGAGCCUGGAGGUGCGGAGCCUGGAGGUGCGGAGCCUGGUGGUGCUGAGUCUGGGGCUGCUGAGUCUGGGGGUGCUGAGUCUUCGGGUGCUGAGCCUGAGCGUACUACACCUGGAGGAGCCCUCUCCUCCCAGCAGCUGCAGGAGAGGUACCUCGAGUACUGCCGCCUCCGGAGAGGUGCUUCUGGAGCUCGUCCCAGUACUUCCCCUCCUACCCAGGAGCUCCCCCCCAUUCAGGUGAUCCGAGAGUGGUACACACGGCGCUGCAGUCUUCGGAGUGGUGCUCCUGGUGCAGCGGACCCGAGCGGUGGCGCUGUUGCUGGUGCUGAGGACCCGGACGCUGGAGCUGCUGCUGGUGCUGAGGACCCGGGCGUUGGAGCUGCUGUUGGUGCUGAGGACCCGACCGGCGGCGCUACUGCUGGUGCUGAGGACCUGACCGGUGGCUCUGCUGCUGGUACUGAGGACCCGGGCGUUGGAGCUGCUGCUGGUGUUGAGGACCCGGGUGUUGGAGCUGCUGCUGGUGCUGAGGACUCGGGCGUUGGGGCUGCCGCUGGUGUCCCUGCUGGUUCUGGAGACGCUGUGCGGCCGCGACCGUACUUCGUACCACUCCUUCAGCAGGUUCUUGGUCAGGCUCCUCCUCCUAGUCCUCCUCCCACCGUCGAGUGUCCUCUGCCUGUCCCACCGCAGUCACAGUUACCGCCUGCCUCGCCUCUCCCUGCUCCCUCUCCUUACACUGGUCCCACAGGAGGUCUUACAGAGCGUCGUGAGCCUGAGUCUCGUCCUGCGUCGCCUGUUCGUACUACUCGCACUGGUCGUCGUAUCCCACGUGAGCGUCCCCCUCCUGUCCCUGGCACUCACUACAUGACCUUGCGUCCCUCCACUGCUCCGCAGCGUGUCCCGCUGCCGUCUCCUCCUGCGUCAUCUCUUCCUACUCUUCCUGACCCGGAGUCUGACUCCCGUCGUGCGGCCAGUCCCACUGUUACGCGUCUCCUCGCUACAGUUGUCACUGACCCGACCUUUGAGUCCUCUGCUGCGUCUGCUCUGGUCGCUGAGCUGGUUGACUUUGCUGCUCGCUGUCGCUUAGACUACGCUGCCAGCCUUGUCGCUGAGUCUGAGUCUGAGUCUGCCUGUCCUCCGUCCGUCGGGGGUGAGUGUGCUCUUGGCACGGACGUCCUUGAGGACAGACAGGAGGAGUUCCAGUGCUUUGCUGCUGCUUUGCCCCAUCUCGUGUCCAUGCUUGUUGCCCCUGAGGGAGACCCGGAUGCACCAGACAUCCCGACCCCGCGCUCUUACGCUGAGGCGAUGGCGGGUCCCUACUCCUCUCAGUGGCAGACAGCCAUGGACGCAGAGAUGGCUUCCUGGAAGUCCACAGGCACCUACGUCGACGACGUUCCCCCUCCUGGGGCGAACAUCGUCAGUGGCAUGUGGAUUUUCAGGGUGAAGCGGCCGCCGGGUUCUCCUCCUGUCUUCAAGGCACGCUACGUGGCUCGAGGCUUCAGUCAGCGAGAGGGAGUCGACUUCUUCCAGACCUUCUCCCCCACCCCGAAGAUGACCACUCUUCGGGUGCUGCUGCACAUAGCCGCUCACCGCGACUACGAGCUUCACUCACUUGACUUCAGCACUGCUUUCUUGCAGGGCAGCCUGCACGAGGAGAUCUGGUUGCGCCGCCCUCCUGGCUUCACUGGGUCGGUUCCUCCUGGCACCCAGUGGAGGCUUCAGCGGCCGGUCUACGGUCUCCGCCAGGCGCCACGUGAGUGGCACGACACACUGAGGACGACGCUUGCGGCUCUUGGGUUCGCUCCCUCUACUGCUGACCCGUCGCUGUUUCUACGCACCGACACCUCGCUGCCGCCGUUCUACAUCCUCGUGUACGUUGACGACUUGGUCUUUGCCACAGCUGACACAGCGGCACUCGCCCACGUGAAGUCGGAGCUGCAGAGGAGACACACGUGCACAGACCUGGGUGAGCUGACAAGCUAUCUUGGCUUGCGGAUCACCCGGGACAGAGCACGGCGCACCAUCACCUUGACUCAGUCACACAUGGUGCAGCAGGUUCUCCAGCGCUUCCGCUUCACGUACUCCUCGCCUCAGUCCACUCCUCUGCCUACCGGUCACUCGCUCUCAGCUCUGCCUUCGGAUGAGUCCGUAGAGCCGAGUGGCCCGUAUCCAGAGCUUGUGGGCUGCCUCAUGUACCUGAUGACCUGCACUCGACCUGACCUUGCAUACCCCCUUAGCAUCUUAGCACGCUAUGUCGCUCCUGGCCGUCACAGGAAGGAGCACAUGGAUGCUGCUAAGAGGGUGUUGCGCUACUUGUGCAGUACGUCGGGCAUGGGGCUUGUGCUUGGAGGGCGGGACCGGGUUGUUCUCACAGGGCACUCAGAUGCUUCUUGGGCAGACGACCAGGCUACUCAGCGGUCGUCACAGGGUUACACCUUCAGCCUUGGCUCUGGCUCAGUUUCUUGGCGUUCUACUCGUUCGUCUUCUGUUCUCAGCUCCAGUUGUGAGGCUGAGAUCUACGCCACAGCCAUGGCUGCUCAGGAGCUGCGCUGGCUGACCUACCUACUGACCGACCUCGGAGAGCGGCCUCGUUCUCCUCCAGUGCUGUACGUCGACAACAAGGCUGCCAUUGCCUUGUGUGAGGAGCACAGACUAGAGCACAGAACGAAGCACAUUGCUCUGCGGUACUUCCUUGCUCGAGAGCUGCAGCAGCGCGGUCAGCUUCGUCUGCGUUACGUGGCCACUGAGGCCAACACUGCUGAUGUGUUCACCAAGGCACUCCAGCCUUGUGACCAUCAGCGCUUCUGUACUCUGUUAGGUCUUGUGCCUACUGGCCCUCACUUGCUCACUUCUUGA